AAAUGAGGAUCAAAUAUCUUGAAGCAGCACUGAGUCAAGAUAUUCAAUUCUUUGACACUGAAGUCAUAACUUCAGAUGUUGUAUAUGCGAUCAACACUGAUGCUGUUAUGGUUCAAGACGCCAUUAGUGAAAAGCUAGGGAAUUUUAUACACUAUAUGGCGACAUUUGUAUCUGGAUUUGUGGUGGGAUUCACAGCAGUUUGGCAAUUGGCGCUUGUGACACUUGCAGUGGUGCCUUUAAUUGCGAUAAUUGGAGCUGUUCAUACAAUUACAUUAGCAAAACUGUCUUCUAAGAGUCAAGAAGCUCUUUCAGAAGCUGGAAAUAUUGCUGAGCAGACAAUCACACAAAUUCAAACAGUAUUAGCAUAUGUUGGUGAAUCAAGAGCAUUACAAGCCUACUCUUCUGCAUUAAAGAUCUCACAAAAACUCGGAUACAAGACUGGAUUUUCAAAAGGAUUAGGAUUAGGAGCAACUUAUUUCACAGUCUUUUGUUGCUAUGCUCUUCUUCUAUGGUACGGAGGCUAUCUUGUUCGCCACCAUUACACCAACGGAGGACUCGCCAUUUCCACCAAGUUCUCCGUCAUGAUCGGUGGCCUAGCUUUAGGCCAAUCAGCUCCAAGUAUGUCUGCGUUUGCGAAAGCACGAGUAGCAGCGGGUAAAAUCUAUAGAAUUAUCGAUCAUAAACCGAGCGUCGACAAAAACUCUGAAUCGGGAUUGGAAUUGGAUUCCGUUUCCGGCCAAUUAGAGCUGAAAAACAUCGAAUUUUCAUACCCUUCAAGACCAGAUGUUAAAAUUCUAAACAAUUUCACUUUAACUGUUCCUGCCGGAAAAACAAUUGCAUUGGUCGAAAGCAGUGGUUCAGGGAAGAGCAUGGUGGUUUCUCUAAUCGAAAGGUUCUACGAUCCCACCUCAGGACAAGUAAUGCUUGAUGGGCAUGACAUAAAAGGUCUGAAUUUGCGAUGGUUAAGGCAACAAAUUGGUCUAGUUAGCCAAGAACCUGCACUUUUUGCAACCACCAUUAAAGAAAAUAUCCUCUUGGGUCGACCCGAUGCAUACAUGGGUGAGAUUGAAGAAGUUGCACGUGUGUCAAAUGCUCAUUCGUUUAUUAUCAAAUUACCAGAUGCCUAUGAUACUCAGAUUAAAAAUGAGUGGCAAAUUUGUCAACACUCCAUGUGCAAAAUGCAGAUUUAUGCAAGAAACAAGAACAUAACUGGUGAGAUUGGAAUGGCAUUUGGAGAUUUAUUAAAGACAUUAUGGGCUCCUGGGGCAACAGUUGUACCACCACGAACAUUCAAGUCCAAGCUUGCUCAUUUAAGAUUUCCUGAUUUCAAAGAGUUGCAGACUAGUGGCAAGGGCAGCUGCAAGCAUCCUGGAAGUAACAGAAAAAACCGCACGAUUCAAAAUGUUCAUACCUGCAUUCUGUUUUAA